CGCAGCAAUUGGCGUAACGUUUACUUUCCUCGUCUUCGUAACGCUGGAUACCCUCACCGUAACUCGAUGCCAUAAGAUGGCUACGUCACUGCUGAGGCGCUCCGAGUUCAACUCUGGAGUGUCGCGAUGCUCUGAAGACGACGCAAUAGAAGCUCACCUGCGCAAGAUGGAGGGGCAGCUGCGUCUGCUGCAGCAGGUAAAGGUGCUGGUCUGGGUGAUGACGCAGCCUGACAACCACCAGACGAAAGCGGUACACGUCCGCGACACUUGGGGCAAGAGGGUCGACAAGCUGCUCUUCAUGAGCACUCAGGAGGAUCCGUCUCUUCCGACCGUCAAGCUGAACAUGACUGAAGGCAGGAAUUAUCUUUGGGGUAAAACCAAAGAAGCCUACAAAUACGUCCAUCAGCAUUACAUCAACGACUACGACUGGUUCAUGAAGGCAGAUGAUGACACGUUUGUGGUGAUGGAAAAUCUACGCUACAUGCUGAGCCUCUACGACCCGGAGAUCCCUAUUUAUUUUGGCAGCAGGUUUAAGAAGUUCAACCCCCAGGGUUUCAUGAGCGGAGGGGGCGGCUACGUUCUCAGUCGCGCAGCCGUCAAAAAGUUCAUCGAAGAGGCUCUCCCGGAUCCCAAAAAAUGCAAAGCAGAUCACACGGAAGCCGAAGACGCUGAAAUGGGCAUCUGCAUGACCAACGUGGGUGUGCUGGCUGGGGAUUCCAGAGACGAGCUUGGCAGAGGUCGCUUCUUCCCUUUCGUGCCGGCCCAUCACCUCGUGUCUGGCUUCAUAGGCGAGAAGAGCUGGUACUGGGACUAUAUAUACUACCCGAUCAAAGUGGGUCCGGAAUGUUGUUCAGACACUGCCAUCACAUUCCAUUACAUCAGCCCUGAUAAGAUGAGGGAGUUAGAUUACUUCCUCUAUCACCUCAGACCGUACGGGGUUGUGCCACAGGUAUCCUUUCCACCCGCCCUCCCUCCGGACCUCAAAAGUGUCCCCAAACAGGUCAUUGAAAAAUUCGGUAACAGAACCUCAUGAGCCGUCCUAGUUAUUAAGGUUA